GACCCCCCGUACACACACACACACACACACACUCUUAGUGUGCCCGUCUUGGGAUGCGGUGCUCAGUCAGAUGGCAGUGGAGGAGAGACCAGAGUGCAUCGGAAUGGGCGUCCUGCCCCUCCAUAACACAUCUGCUUCUUGAGCUCUAGCCACGGGACACCAGAGAGGAAAAGAGCGCAGCGGAAUAGUGAAAGGAUGUUUUCUGUGAUUUGGAGGAUCCUGUUGGAGCUCUUACUGGUUUGGUGGAUGUUUGAAGGGGUCAUCAGGUGUGUGUUUAGUAAGGAGCUAAAAUCUCCCAGCAGUAGGGUGAAGCCCAUGUCGCCGUCUGAUUUUCUGGAUAAACUAAUGGGGAAAACGUCCGGAUAUGAUGCUCGGAUCAGGCCCAACUUUAAAGGCCCUCCUGUAAAUGUCACCUGCAACAUUUUUAUCAACAGCUUUGGUUCCAUCACAGAGACCACCAUGGAUUAUCGGCUGAACGUUUUUCUGCGGCAACAGUGGAAUGAUCCACGGCUGGCUUAUAAAGAGUAUCCAGAUGAUUCCCUGGAUCUGGAUCCAUCAAUGCUAGACUCCAUCUGGAAGCCAGACUUGUUCUUCGCCAAUGAGAAAGGCGCCAACUUUCAUGAGGUCACCACGGACAACAAGCUGCUGAGGAUUUUCCAGAAUGGAAAUGUGCUGUAUAGCAUCAGACUCACUCUAAUUCUGUCGUGUCCUAUGGAUCUGAAGAAUUUUCCAAUGGACAUACAGAUUUGUACUAUGCAGUUAGAGAGCUGUAAGACUCAGCAUCAUCAUCUAAUUUCAUUUUUUCCAUCUCAUUUCUCUUUUAUAUGCACAUUAUUCUCUCUGUCUCUCUCUCUAGUUGGCUACACUAUGAAUGAUCUGAUAUUUCAGUGGUUGGAUGAAGGCCCAGUGCAAGUGGCUGAUGACCUUAUGCUGCCCCAGUUUGUCCUAAAAGAGGAGAAAGACCUGGGAUACUGUACAAAACAUUACAACACUGGUAAGUUCACUUGUAUAGAGGUGAAGUUUCAUCUGGAAAGGCAGAUGGGUUAUUACCUGAUCCAGAUGUACAUUCCCAGCCUCUUAACUGUUAUCCUGUCGUGGGUCUCCUUCUGGAUCAACAUGGAUGCUGCCCCGGCCCGGGUUGGGCUGGGCAUCACUACAGUUCUCACCAUGACAACACAGAGCUCUGGAUCGAGAGCAUCACUGCCUAAGGUAUCCUAUGUGAAAGCUAUUGACAUCUGGAUGGCAGUGUGCUUGCUGUUUGUCUUUGCUGCUUUGCUGGAGUAUGCAGCUGUUAACUUUGUAUCUCGGCAACACAAAGAAUUCUUCAAACUGCGGAGAAAACUACGGGAGGAACAACGCUAUAGAGCUGCCUCUGGUCAGGCUGGAGGAGCAGAGACGAAGAACAAAAGCAACAACGUCACAGGGAGCACACCAAGCAAAAGCGCACAACGCAAAUGCAGUGCCUGCGCACGGGAAGAGCAGUUAGCCUCACAGAACCAGGACCUGUACUUCACGGGAUACGAGAUGGACACCUGUCUGUCUGGGGACGGGCCUCUCUCUGAGGCUGCUGCCAUGUUUGCAGGCCUGCCGCCCGGCCACAUUCUGUUUGACAUCCGCCGGCGCUUCGUGGAACGAGCUAAACGGAUCGACACCAUCUCAAGAGCUGCCUUCCCGCUCAGCUUCCUUGUUUUCAAUGUGCUCUACUGGUUCACAUACAAAGUGCUUAGAAAUGAGGACAUUAUCCCUGAACUGCGACCCUGACAGCCUUUACGACUUAUGAACUUCCCAGUAUCCCAUUUUGAGAGACAGUUAGGAUGAGAUCCUGUAUCAAGGACAUUGAAAUUCAACACAUUUUCUCUGCAUGAGUGAGCUACAGUGCACGUGUCUAAGAACACAAACACCAUAUAAACAUUUAGUUUAUAUGAAGAAUGACUGAAUCACUCCAGUGCAAGUCCUUUGUUGCACUAAGCACAUUUGUUUCUGUCUGUUAAAAAUAAAUGUGAUAAAUGGA